AUGGACGAUUACCAAUACGACCCUCUCCCGGGCGGAAAUUACAUCAGAACGGCGACGAUUCUGCCCGGGGAAGCAGAUGAUGGUCUUGUUAUCGACCUUGCAAUCGUGCCUUUUGCCGAUUCUGAACCAGUAAAUUACGAGGCUUUAUCUUAUGCGUGGGGCUCGCCCGAACCAUGUGUUGAUGCCGAGAUUCGACAAAUAAAUGACAGUAUCCCGGCUCUUGGGCAUACUGGACGAAGAAUAAGAUUAAGCAAAAAUCUCGCCAUAGCCUUGUACGAUCUUCGUCGAAAUGAUAAUCCACGGACAAUGUGGAUUGAUGCUGUAUGUAUCAACCAAAUGAGUCACGAGGAAAAGGCUGUCCAGGUUUCUAAAAUUGGCGAUAUUUUCAAACGCGCAGCUCAUGUCGUCGCUUACAUCGGUCCGGAAACAGACGGAAGCACCGAAAUGAUGGAAUACCUGGAGUUCAUUGGGAAGAAUGUGGUGAUCGACUGGGACAUACGGAGAGUUAAUACCGAGGCCAUACGGCGGCACAAGUGGCGUGGAAUGCGCUUGGUUGAUGAUAAUGGCGAUCUCUUGAUAGACAUCCCUCUCCAGGAUAAAACGUACCAACUUUUUACUCGGCCCUGGUUUAAAAGAUUAUGGAUCAGGCAAGAGAUUGUGCUAAGCAGAAAUAAGGCUACGAUCAUGUGCGGCCGUUGUGGAGUGUCCUCUCAAGAUUUCCUUUGCGCUUGGACUUCUCUGUACCUUCACUUUUCGCAAACCAACAGUCUACAGCCUCAGUACCUACCGGACCUAUGGCGCGCCUCAUGGUGGCUUGAUGAGAAUCGUGAUCCAUCACUCCGGAACCUAAGAGAUUCAUUUGCAGGGCUGCAAUGUUUAGAUCCCCGCGAUCGCUUAUUUGCAGUUCUGGAAUUACUGCCCAAAGCUGAGAAGAGGCUGAUCGGCGUCGACUACGAGAAGCAGCCGGAGGAAUUAUACAAAGAUGCUACACUCGCAUGGAUUCAAGCCUACCGUGACUUAUCCAUUUUACAAGAAUGCGAGCUUCAGAACCGGUGGUUUCCUACCUGGGUACCGAACUGGGGCACAGAUUCCCAACUUAUGCCGAUGAUGAUUAUGACAUCAAAGACCUCGCAGUUGGCAGCAGUCCUGGACAUAAGUCAGGCUACCAGAGGAGCUUUGAGGGUUGCUGGAACCAAAAUUACCACGAUUAAAGAUCUACGUCCCUCGGAAAUAUACUCAGAUACGACCAAUUUGAUGAGUAAACUCCAUGACCUACUGGACGGACUUCAACUCGAAGGUGAUUACAUUGCGGGAGGGACUUUAAUCGAAGCUUAUGCGACGACUAUCGCUCGUGGAAAGUUUGAAACAACUACCAAACCGGAAAGCUUCGAGUGUUCUUCACUUGACGAUAUGUCAAGGUUCAUACGGUUGGCCUAUUCGGCAUUCCCUCCUCAGAAGGAUUCAUCACUUGAGAAAGGAUCGGUACUUGACGUACGGAUGUUUUGUGUUAAUCGACAACUACUGAAGGGCAGCAAUGGCUACGUUGGAAUGGCGCCUCCAGCGGCACGUGUAGGAGAUCAUGUGUACAGCGUCGUAGGCUGCGAUUGCCCUCUAGUCUUGCGAAACGCAGGUGAGGGGAUGCAAGUGGUUGGCCAGUGUUUUCUAACCGGCGCCAUGGAAAAGCAAGCAAUCUUGGGUCCUCUGCCCACGCAAGUUGAAGCAAUCUAUGUGAGAGAUCAAGCAAAAGGCUACCAAUUGGGGUUCAGAGACCGUCAGACGAAAGAGAUCACAAUGGAUGAUCCGCGUCUGUCCACGUUGCCGCUGACUGAAGAGGAAAGAGAGCGUCUCCAUAAUUCAUCAAGUGAUUAUGGAUUCGAAGUCUCUUUCGAUACACUGCACAAAUUCAAUUCAGAGGUGAAAUGGCUGGAACUUGUAUAG